AUGGAACUGGAGCUUUGUGAGCUCACAAUCAAAGGCUCACUCAACAUCACGUCCGACUCCUCGCACGCCUACCUGACGGUGUCGACCUUCUCGCAACUGAGCGUUUCCGGCGACCUCAGUCUUCUCGGUUCCUAUUCCCCUACUAGCACCCUCCUCUACUGGGACUCCAUCUUGGAAGUUGGAGGCGACCUGCACUUGGCGACUCGCUCAGACUUGAACCCGAGCGGCAUGGCGCAGCCCUCCACCGGCUCCGUGGUGGCCGCGUUCGUGGGCGGUCAGCUGAGCGUCGGCGGCGACCUGGCGAUCAAGUCGGGCGACGCGCUUGUCACCGCCACCGGCCCUGCCGGCUUGAUGGGCUUGACCCCUCUUUCUGGUGAGCUGUACGACGUCUUUCAAAUUCCCGACCUCGGCCUCGGCGAAGAACUCGCUGCCGCCCGCGGAUCCAUCGUCAUUGGUGGCUCGGUGGUGGUCAGCUCGGGAUCGAUCACCGGACUCCACGACGGUGAGCUCACCGCAGGCCUGGCCGCGUUCAACCUGGCCGGCGGCGAACUCACGGCAUCCAGCGUCAGCGUAUUUAUCGUCGCCAAAGACGUGCUUGUCAAGUCUGGCGAUGGAGGCAACGGCGCCUCGGACACUGCCAACGGCGGUACCCUUUUUAACCACUCCGAAGAAGAGGAAGAAAGAAGAAGAAAGAAGAAGAAAGAAGAAGAUCGCUACGUCCAUGGUGACAGCGCACAGGCGGUCUUCGCGGUGAUCAGUGGCGGAGAGGCCCUGAUCGGCGGUUCUCUGCACAUUCUUGCCGGCAGCGGCGGUAACGCCUCCUUGGCCGAUGCUGCCAGGGGAGGAACCGGCGGUGCGGGAACCGUCAGUGUGGCCGGUGAUCAGCUCGUCGCCAGCGGCUCCGGUGGCACCGGCGCCGCUGGCGGCUCCGCCAGCACCGCCUCCGCUGUGUUGAGUGGCACCUCCCUCACCGGGCCGACGAAAAGAGCCCAGCAAGCGACCCGCCAAUUUGGAGGCGUGAACCUGCGCGUCGGUGGCGACCUGUCCAUCCUCUCCGGCAACGCCGCUUCUUCGAUCGCUGAGGGCGCACCUGGCGGCAGCUGCGCCAUGGGCUCCUCUAUUGGGAUUGCCGGGGGCGGUCUGAUUGUGUGGGGCACGUGGGAGGCCGAAGUCGUGAUCGGCGGCGAUCUGCGCGUGACCGGCUGUAGUGGCGGCAACAGCGUGGGCGCCCAAGGCGGCCUUCCCACAUUGGUUGUGGGUAUCCUUGUUCUUAGCGAUGCGACGAUCGAUGUGUACGGUUCGGUUGAGUUGGUGGGCGGCAACGGCGGUUCCGUGGUCGGCGGCUCGCAGGACUCAGGCCCUGGGGGCAUGGCCUUCUUGAUCUGCUUUGAUUCUGCUCUCCUAGAUAUCGCUGGGUCGUUGACAAUCACGAGAGGCAAUGGCGGAGACGUCGUCAAUGGCACCGGAGGAACGGUGAGUGGCGAGACAUCGCUCUUUUCGGGCUUGUUGAUUGCGGGAUCUUCGCACCUCGUGGUGGGCGGUGGUAAGGGCGCCAUCACGGUGAACGGCGGCCGCGCAGGAAACGUCGAUGCAGCGGCCACCGAGGGCUCGUCAAGCUACGGCGGGUCGGGCGGCCUUAGUGGCACCUCCCUCACCGGGCCGACGAAAAGAGCCCAGCAAGCGACCCGCCAAUUUGGAGGCGUGAACCUGCGCGUCGGUGGCGACCUGUCCAUCCUCUCCGGCAACGCCGCUUCUUCGAUCGCUGAGGGCGCACCUGGAGGCAGCUGCGCCACGGAGGGAAUUGGGAUGGCCGGGGGCGGUCUGAUUGUGUGGGGCACGUGGGAGGCCGAAGUCGUGAUCGGCGGCGAUCUGCGCGUGACCGGCUGUAGUGGCGGCAACAGCGUGGGCGCCCAAGGCGGCCUUCCCACACUGGUUGUGGGUAUCCUUGUUCUUAGCGACGCGACGAUCGAUGUGUACGGUUCGGUUGAGUUGGUGGGCGGCAACGGCGGUUCCGUGGUCGGCGGCUCGCAGGACUCAGGCCCUGGGGGCAUGGCCUUCUUGAUCUGCUUUGAUUCUGCUCUCCUAGAUAUCGCUGGGUCGUUGACAAUCACGAGAGGCAAUGGCGGAGACGUCGUCAAUGGCACCGGAAGAACGGCCGGCGACGCCGGCCAGGGUCCCAAUGCCACCGUCACCGGCACCCGGGGCUCGGCCUCCGUUCUGCUGACCGACCUGUCGCGCUUCGACCAGUCGGGCCAUGUUUCGCUCAAGGACGGCGCAGGCCUGGUCAACGAGACCUCUGUGGCCAUCAACGUGUCGCGCUCCGAGUGGACCGUCUACCCGUGCCCCGACGCCGGCCUCGAGAUGUCGGGCGAGCGCAACAGCAGCGCGUUCGUGGUGGAGGCCUUUGGCACGUUCCGCGACUGCCGCGGCUCGGGGGCGAAGCAGCGCUACCCGGAGCCCUCGGUGGUCGGGUCGGCCGACGCGUCGUGCUCUCCGUGCACGUGCUCGGAGGCCUCCUUCAGCUCGUGCCCGGCCUCUUCCUCGGCCUCUGGGCUGCACCUCAACUCGCCACUGGUGUGGCUUCUCACACUCUUCUAA